GGAGUGUUUCUGGCCUCCUGAAUGUAGUUAAGAUUGGGAUUCCUUUCCUUUGAGAUUCCCAGUUUUAAUUUCAAUAGAAAAAGAGCUUCAGAGUCCUAGGAGAUUUGUUGAGAUGCGUAAAGGUGAACCUCAGGGUCCUUGUUCCCUACUACUAAGUCAUCCUCCCUUCCAACAAGCUAAUUCAUCAGGAGGAUGACCCUGUCAGUCUACACCUCCAGAAGAUUUUACCAGAGCUAGACUGAUUCUGAAAGCAUCACAGAUCUCCCCUGCAUAAGGUUUACCAGGGUAUCUCUGGUCUGUAGUAUGUGCUGGGCUCUGUAUUUCACAUAUCUGGAGCCCUCACAAAAGGCACGUCUGUCCCUUAACUGUCUCUUCUCUCCCUGCAGCUUCUCACCCAGUGUCAGCAGUGACCUCAUGGUGAAUGGAGAACUUGUUUGCUCAAGGCUCUCUCUCUAAGUGAGCCGAGCGCUGUUUCCAUGCCAAACCCUGACGUGAUGGGCAAUUGGGCACCUCAGAUUAGGAGGGCUGGGACGCUGCUUUGGUGUUGCAAACAGAUUGCUAACUGAUCCUGCGAGGACACUGCCCCCUGCCCUCCCUCUGCUAUGAACACUUCUGCUUUCAGCCUCCCCACACCGGCAGUGUCGGAGGAGGGGAAUGCCUCUAGCAGCUGGGAAGGCUUCACCACCCCCAACAGCUCCACUACUGUCAGCCCUGGUGUAGUUGUCAGCGGUGUCCUCAUCCCUGUGGUCUACCUCAUUGUCUGUGUGGUGGGGCUGGCUGGAAAUUCUCUGGUCAUUUAUGUGGUCCUGCGGCACUCAGUGAGUGAGUCAGUGACCAACGUCUACAUCCUGAACCUGGCCCUAGCUGAUGAGCUCUUCAUGCUGGGCCUGCCAUUCCUGGCUGCCCAAAAUGCCCUCUCCUACUGGCCGUUUGGUUCUUUCAUGUGCCGCCUGGUGAUGGCCGUGGAUGCCAUCAACCAGUUCACCAGCAUCUUCUGCCUGACGGUGAUGAGUGUUGAUCGCUACUUGGCAGUGGUCCACCCAGGGAAGUCCUCCAAAUGGCGGACAGCACGAGUGGCCAAGGCUGUGAGUGCAACGGUGUGGGUGCUGUCUUCAAUAGUGGUGCUGCCUGUGGUUGUCUUCUCAGACGUCCCUUUAGGGAUGAGUACGUGCCACAUCCAGUGGCCAGAGCCAGCCUCGGUGUGGAGAGCUGGCUUCAUCAUCUACACUGCUACGCUGGGCUUCUUUGGACCACUGCUGGUGAUUUGUCUCUGCUAUCUUCUGAUUGUUGUGAAGGUUCGUUCCUCUGGCAGGCGGGUGAGGGCUCUGUCCUCCAAGCACAAGCUUUCAGAGCGCAGAGUGACCCGCAUGGUGGUGACUGUUGUGGCUGUCUUCGUCCUUUGCUGGCUCCCCUUCUAUGUCCUCAACAUAAUCAAUGUUGUUUGCCCACUGCCAGAGGAGCCGUCCCUCUUUGGUGUCUACUUCCUUGUGGUGGUGCUGCCGUAUGCCAAUAGCUGUGCCAAUCCUAUCAUCUAUGGCUUCCUCUCCUACCGCUUCAAGCAGGGCUUCCAGAGGGCCAUCUUCAGGCCAUCCCGCCGAGUCCAGAGCCAGGAGGUGCCAGCGGGCCCCCCAGAGAAGACCAAUGAUGAAGGGGAAGAGGGUGAGAUCAGCAAGAUCACCCAGAAUGGAAAUGGCAGGCAGGAGCGCCCUCUAAGCGGUGAAGAAGGAGAGAGCAAUGAGCAAAAACCACUCCCUGAGCAGCCUGUGGGAUGUGAAAAGAGCAACAAGUUGCAUGUCAGUUAUUUGUGAUGAAAGGGAUGGUGUAGGGGAAAGAGACAUCGGAACAUGAGGUCCCCUUCACCUUAUCUGCUUUUCAACCUCAAAGGCAAUGGGAGACAAAGGCAUAUUAAAGUCCAAGAGUCUGUUUUAAAGAUGAAGAGGGCUCCAUGAACUUGUAGAAAAAGCAAGACAUUUUUCUUGGCUUUGGAAAAGACACCUGAGGUUUAUGUGGUACUGGAUAAAGAAUGGACUGCAUCCAGGGGGAGCUGAAGAGGUGCUGGGCACUGACAAUACAGAGAGAGCAAGAUCAGCCCUAGAUUGCAUGAUCUGUCCUUAAAUGACUCAGCUGUGGAGGGCAUCAGCUGCCAUCUGAUUGUAGCAUGUCAAGGAAGUUCCCAAAUGGCAUAUACUACACGUAGGCAUCCCAGUGCCUUGAUUAUCCUCCUUACAAACACAAGAAGUGGUUUACCCUGAAAGACAAACAGGGAGGAAAAAUGUCUGCAGCAAAGACAUACCAGCCAGUUGCAUGCAUGGCUGACCCCUCUCUAGCUCUUAAAAAUGCCUUGGGGACAGAUUUCCUGCCCAUGCUGGUCAUGGCUGGAGACUACUAAUUGCUCAAAACCUCCUCUUUCUUUUUAAGGCUCUCAUGGACUCUGGGCAGGCUGAUGGGACUUACCUGGGAGAAAAAAAUGGAACAUUUCUUUCCUGCAUCUCACAUUCUUCAGGGUUUUCCUGGUGCCUCUGCACCCCGGUGGGAGGUGUAACAAAGGUAGAGAAAAAGACAAUGCGACAUGAAUCAGAGGCAGUGUUUCUUACAAGCUGAAAUGCCCUUUCCCUUUUCCUCUCCCUAAGCCUUACUGUAAAUAAAAAAA